AUGGCCGAACCCAAGACCGAAAGCCAGUACGCCGGAGCCGGCGACCCCCCGGUGCCGGCAUCCGCUCCCGCUCCCGGCCCGGAACCUCUCUCCGUCCCGAUCGGGGACGCCGCCGCCCCUGUCGAGCCGUACAGCGUCUUCACGCGCACCGAGAAGUGGUUCAUCAUCGGCAUGGUCGCCGUCGCGGGUUUUUACAGGCACGCCCCGCUGCCAACCAACAUCUACCUCCCCGCCAUCCCGAGGCUCUCCGAGGCCUUUGGCCGCUCGGUCGAUGACAUCAAACCUGACCCCCUGAUGCUCUGGGGCCCCCUGUCCGAUCGCCACGGAAGACGGCCCGUCUUUCUGGUAUGCCUGGCCGUGCUGAACGGGGCCUGCGUCGGCAUCGCCGUCAUCCCCACCGACGCCUUCUGGCUCCUGAUCGUCCUCCGCCGCCUGCAGGCGGCAGGUUGCGCCAGCGCCAUCGCGUUGGGCGCCGGCGUCAUUGGCGAUAUCUCAACCCCCGACGAGAGGGGCGGCUUCUUUGGCAUGUUCAAUAUCGGCCCGAUGUUCUCGCCGUGUAUAGCCCCCGCCGUCGGCGGGGCGUUGGCCGAUAAGCUCGGGUGGCGGUCCAUCUUCUGGUUCCAAGUCAUCAUGGCCGUCUGCUGCCUCCUCUUCAUUCUCCUGUUCCUCCCCGAGACCCUCCGAAGCCUCGUCGGCAACGGCAACGUCUCCCCGGGCGGCGUGCCUUCCAUCAACCCGUUCGUCAUCCUGGUGUACCCGGACGUCGCCAUCACGCUGGUCUUCACGGGCGUCGUGUGCGCCGUCAACGACACUGUCGUCACGACCGUCGCGUCCUCCUUCGCCAGGGUCUACCCCUGGCUGUCCGAGACGGUGCUGGGCCUGUGCUACCUGCCCACGGGGCUCGGCAUGGUCUUUGGCGGCACGCUGACCGGCAAGUUCCUCGACUGGGACGACGCGCGCAUCAGGAGGCGGGUCGAGGCCGAGGGCGGCGAGGGCGGCAGUGUCCUCUUCCCAAAGGAGUACGCCCGCCUAAGGACAAUGCCGGUGCUCCUCGUGCUCUUCUCCGGGGCCGUCAUAGCUUGGGGCUUCUGCGUCGACAGGGGCGUACACAUUGCCGUCCCGUUGGUGCUCCAAGUCGUCUACAAGAAGCUCUGCAGCGACGGCGUGUGUAAGUCCUAA